GGGUGCUUUUUGAGAGGAAAGAACUUGAAUAGGGAAGCACACUAGCCGCGGGAGCCCCUGUCCUUGCACGUGGGGUGGACACCGUCUACUCUUUCUUUCUGACUGUUACCGGAUUAAGAUUCAUGCUUGUAGAAGAAAUCGAGGGAUAGAGAGCCAGAGGUAUCUUCCAGGAUCCGUGGUUUCUUCGCCUGUGUAAUAGGAAUGACGGAGCCCCAGGCUGAGGCUAGGCAUUCCCGAGCAGCAGAGCAAGGACUCUGUAGGGGGAUCCGUAACAGAAGGUUUUCGUAUGUCAGCUGGUCACGAGUCUGACCGGAGCCGCCUCCCCUGCAGCCCCAGACCUCUCAUCUGUGCGGUCCACCCCAGAUGCCUGGCGCUUGAAGAGAGCCAUUGCUUGAGAGUCUGCUGAUGAGUUUUCGCUGUGGCACAGGAGAGUCUCUUCACCGUGUGGAAGGAGUGUCUGUUGCCGCUACUGCUUUUUCGUUUAUCUUCUCUCUUCGAGCCGGGUCUUGCCCUUUCCCGCUGCCAUGAUGGCCCAGUCCAAGGCCAACGGCUCACACUAUGCACUGACGGCCAUUGGCCUGGGGAUGCUGGUCCUCGGGGUCAUCAUGGCCAUGUGGAACCUGGUCCCUGGUUUCAACCCUGCGGACAAGCCAACAACGCAGGGCAACAAGACGGAGGGAGGUGGUGGCAUCCUCAAGAGCAAGACUUUCUCGGUGGCCUACGUGCUGGUCGGGGCUGGCGUGAUGCUGCUGCUGCUGUCCAUCUGCCUGAGCAUCCGGGACAAGAGGAAGCUGCGGCAGAGCGAGGAGCUGGCCCGAAUUCAGCAGCAGGCAGGAGCUGUGCCCUCCAUCCAGGAGGAAGACAGCCAGGAGGAGGAGGAGGGGGAGGAGGCCUCCUCCCGGUACUAUGUCCCCAGCUACGAAGAAGUGAUGAACACGGGCUACUCAGAAACUAGGGAAGAGGAGCAGAACCCGAGGCUGAGCAUCUCUCUCCCCUCCUAUGAGUCGCUAACGGGGCUCGAUGAGACGACCCCCACGAGCCCCAGGCCGGAGACGGAGACGGCCAGCCCAGGGCACGCUCCCGACAGGCAAAACUCCAAGCUGGCCAAACGCCUGAAGCCACUCAAAGUUCGAAGGAUUAAGUCUGAGAAGCUUCACCUCAAAGACUUCAGGAUCAGCCUCCCAGACAAGAACAUCCCUCCUCCCUCUAUCGAGCCUUUGACGCCUCCACCGCAGUAUGACGAGGUCCAGGCGAAGGCUCCCGAGGCCCGGCCACCUGACUGAAAGACCCUUCCGACGUCACUCCCCCCAUCUCACCCUCCACACCAACAGACUGCGCCGAAACCACUUCAGCCCCAGAUGAGGGGUCAAGGCACACUUAGCCACUGUGAUGGGGAUUCUGGGUAAGAGGGAGUUACUGUGGACCAUUCACGGAGCCUCACAGAGCAGGGGCAUCAGAAGGAUGUUGGGAGCUUGUGACAAUCCGGAGCACAAGGUGUGUGGCCUUGGCAUCCCCUCCAUCCUCCUUCCCACCUCGGGGUCGUGGGCCACACGCUCCUCUCCCGAGCUGGGAUGGGAUUCCUAGUGACUGCGUUUAGCCGGAGGUUGUCUCCUUUCGCUUCCACCAUAGUUGCUGUGUUUCGAAAAGAAACCAGGUUUUGUGCUUGCUUUCCUCACUGGACAUGGCUCAGCUUCGGCCAAAAGGGCACGGGAUUGUCUUGUGAAUAAAAUGCCAAACGGGUGGGUGUGAGUUGUCAGGGAGGGCCCCUAGGGGCCCCUGGAGCUGUCGGUUCUUUGAGGGUCUAAGGCCUGAUGACCUUCAGCAGUGGGUGACUGGCUGAUUCCGAACACUGGUCUCCUGUGGGUAACGGAAGGAGGAGAGGAAAAGUCGCUGUUCUGUGUCUUCUCAAAAGCCGAGUGACUGGGCAUUUUAUAAUAAAAGUGUUUUCUAU